AUGUUUUUGGGCUUGGAAAUACCCAAUGCGGCACGUGAGUCGGAGGAUGAUGCGAAAUCAAGCUCGAGUGUGAUCAUGUCAUCGGACAAAUACUCACCAUCGAAGAAAGGACUGUCGGCGCAAAGUUCGCUGGACACCAAAUCGGUGUCGUCACAAUCGUCACAACAACGCUAUGCCAGCCCACAAAUAACCGUCAUUAGUGAUGAAGGUCCAGCGAGCAUAUACCAUCCGGGCGGUGUGGUGCUGCCACCCGGUGUUGUAAUACCCGGCACCAGCAGACGCCUAUCUAAACAGGGCGGCUCAUUUGAUAGCGCCGUGGGUGCGGUGCAUGUGCAUACACCCGAAUGUGCGCAUCAUGCGCACACGCCCAGUCGGGCGGGUAGCCCCAGCACCACGGAAUGCGAUUUUCAUUGUUGUGCGUUGCAUGAGGAGGGACGCAAGAUAGCCGUGCAUAAAAGUGUGGCCACGUCGCCCAUACAGGAUGGCACAACGAGUCCCCAGCCGCAGCAACAAGCGACGCUAUCAAUGUCAUCGGUUGUGGAUCCUAUGAUGGGCGGCAGCAUGCAGCGACGCUCAUCGGGCGUCAAGGGCCAUGUACGCUUUCUGGAUAUUGCGCCGGAGCGUGAUAGCUCCGAGAGCGAAACAGAGAAUACCGUCAUGGAGGAUGAUAAGACGACGACUGAGAAAUUCCUGCUGCUAAUCGAUCAGCUGUCUGUCGAUCAGAAACGACAUCUCAGCAUCAAAGAUAUCGGCAUCAUAUUGGAGCGGCUCAAUUCGAAGAUACUCGACGUGGAGCGCCUGGAUCGAGAAUCGGAGGAAGUUGGUUCAAGCGAUUGUUUGGAGGUGUAUUGA